CACACUUCUCUAAUCAAGAUUUCUACAGGUUUGAACCAACAACAAAAUGAGCCAUUAAAAGAAGUUCAAGACCAAAGUCAUCCACAAUUGGUAGCAACUUCAUCUCUAGCUAAGCACGAGAUGGCAUCAUCAAAAGAACUGAGUUUAUCUGCACCUAUAAAUGUUGAUGAUUCUUCAAAAGAAGAGAGUCUAUCUGCACCUAUUAAUGUUGAUGCCAUGAAUAUGAGAGGUCAAUCUAAUACAAGCAUGCAAGUUUCACUUGCUGAUCAUAAAGAUGUAUCAUCAGUAACUGCUGAGAGAUCAUCAGAUGAUGGGUAUAACUGGCGAAAGUAUGGCCAGAAACUUGUAAAAGGAAGUGAAUUUCCAAGGAGCUAUUACAAAUGUACAUACCCAAACUGUGAAGUGAAAAAGAUAUUUGAGCGAUCACCUGAAGGACAAAUAACAGAGAUCGUUUAUAAAGGUUCUCAUGAUCAUCCUAAACCCCAACUGAGCCGUCGAUUUACUCCUGGUGCUCUCAUGUCCAUCCAAGAAGAUAAAUUCUUUGUUGAGGACAAGUUCAACGCCAAUGCCCAGACCAGUAAAAUUGAGCCCAUUAGUACUCCCGUAUCACCUCAGCAAGUGGAUGCUGAUGGUCCUGAAGGGGCAGUUUCACAGAUGCAGGGCACUAAUGAUGAUAUGGAUGAGGAUGAUCCAUUUGUGAAAAGAAGGAAAAUGGAUGGUGCAGUGGAUAUAACACCAGUGAUUAAGCCUAUCCGUGAACCACGCGUUGUCGUUCAAACUGUCAGUGAAGUUGAUAUAUUGGAUGAUGGGUACCGGUGGCGCAAGUAUGGACAGAAGGUGGUCCGAGGCAAUCCUAAUCCUAGGAGCUAUUAUAAGUGCACCAAUGCUGGAUGCCCUGUCAGGAAACACGUGGAGAGGGCUUCUCAUGAUCCCAAAGCUGUUAUCACCACUUAUGAAGGAAAACAUAAUCACGACGUACCUGCUGCAAGGUCUAAUAACCAUGAAAUGGCAGGAUCCACACUUGCAACUGGCGGCUCAAGGAUCAGAGCAGAAGAGACUUACUCUAUUAAUCUGGAUCUAGGUGUUGGUAUUGGAUAUGGUGUGGAGAAUGGGAACAAUAGGCAACUUCACACCGUCCAUAACCAAGUUCAAGUUUCACGUUCCGGUAUGAUGGUAGUGCAACCAGCUGCAAUUGCGGCGCAUUAUGGUAUUGUAAAUGGUGGCAUGAGCCGGUUUGGACCUAUAGAUAAUCAUGUUCAAGGACAUGGUUUUGAGACUUUGCCUUUACAACCUUCUACUCAAUUUCCUCAAAACUAUGGAAAGAUACUCUUGGGCCCAUGAUUGUUUCUACCUCCAAGUAUAAGCUUAACAAUAAGAAGCCACCAUCUAUUUUUUUCUUGAAUAUUGGUGGAUUACAAAAGAUAUCUCUAGUUGAAGUAUAGAUACUUGCCCUCAUACUUGUAGGACCCAUCAUGCUGUAUUAUACAACUGCUCAGAAAAAUGUUGCACUUCCUUUGUACAUAUCAACAGUAUAUUAGGAAGUGAACAACAGUGGAUGUCUGAGCAAAUAUCCACCUCCAAUAUCUUUAUCCCCAUGAAUAGGCAAAUUUUGAUUGGGCUACUAUGAGCACUUGAAUCAAUGGCAUUUUCUAGGAAUUAUGUAAUUCAAUAUGUUCUAUUUACGGUAACUAGGAGGCAAGCACAUGGCAAAUGUAUUUUUUGAAAAAAACUAUUAUGGCAAAGAUAAUAUGAAAGUGCUAUGAGAGACCUU